GCUGUGUGAGGGCGGCGCGCCCGGAGCGCCCUCCUGCGCUUUGUUAACAGCCUGAAUAGUCAUAGACUGCUGCAGGUUUUAGGGAUUUGCGAGAUCAUCCACUCCCACCCCUCCUGCCACGGGCAGGGACACCUUCCACUACCCCAGAUUGCUCAGAGCCCCAUCUGGCCUUGGACACUGCCAGGGAUCCAGGGCAGCCACAGCUGCUCUGGACAAACUGUGCCAGGCCCCAUCACCCUCACAGGGAACAAUUUUUCGUUAUAUCCAAUCUAAACUUGUUCUCUGUCAGUGUGAAGCCAUUCCCCCUUGGCCUGUCACUCCAGGCCCUUGUCAAGAGUCUCUCCUGUGGGUUCCCUUCAGGCACUGCAAGGCCACAAUGAGAUCAUCCCAAAGCCUUGCCUUCUCCAGGCUGACCAAUCCCACUUCUCUCAGUCUUAAAGAUUAAUUAACUGCAAUGUUUAUCCAAAAAGCACCUGAACUGAGGUGUGCAAUAAGAUACGGUUUCAGCCAGGCUCCCUUAAAUUUUGGUGUGAAAAUCAGCAACUAAUAUCCACAUGUGUCUUUGUGCUUGUGCUAAACAUGAAACACUUCAAUAUCUUUAAUUAAUGUCUUCACAUAUUAUGUCUUCACAAUAUGCCUUCAAUGAUUCCUAGACAGUUUCUCACAAAACCAAGAAAGGUGUAUGCUUGGCAGUCCUAAAAAUAACAUAAUAAAAAAAAGUCCUCCUUUAUCCCCUAUGCCCACACAGAGGUGCUGAGCCCCUGUGUGCCCAAGCAAAUAUUUUCUUUCAUCGUCAUGGUUUGCUGAGUGUGCAUCUGGCUCAUCUGGCUGUGAGAACACAUAAGUCCAUCAUGAUUUACUUAUUAAACCUGGGAAUUAGCACUGGGAAGUGAAAGAAUAUUAACAGACUAACCUAAUGCUAAGAAAGUUGUGCCUCAGUCCAGGAUGAAAGCUGCUGCACCAGAAACUCCCCAGAAGGCCUUAAAUCGUGAACUUUCUAAGCUUUUCAAUGAGAUGUGGGAUGCAGAUGUUCACCGCCUUAGGCCUGGGAAAGACUACACAAUUGACGUGCAGGGAAAAGCGGGUCCAGCACAGCAAGGUGACAGUGCUGUCCAGGAUAACGCAGCCAGACAUCUGUUUCACAAUGUAAGCGAAGAACGCCUGAGAAGCAUAAAAACUUUUGCAACUUUUAUUUUGUUAUUGGACAACUAUGAGACAUCAACUGGUGUAGCAGAAGUAGUGACUCCAGAAGAAAUAGCUGAAAACAACUGUUUCAUUGAUGCUAUCUUAGCAACAGAAGUUAUGAGACUAGCUCAUGACUAUCUGCUGAAAAAAAAACUAGCAAAGCCAAACCUUGCUGAUUUCAAACAUCAGCUUUAUGACAUCUGGUUCCAGCUCUAUGCCAGGAAAGGAGGAGACAGACCUGAUUCUUGUGGUUUUGAACACGUUUUUGUUGGAGAAACAAGGCACAGUAAAGAGAUCUUAGGUUUGCACAACUGGGUGCAAUUUUACCUUCAGGAAAAACACAAUCAGAUUGAUUACAAGGGAUACGUGGCUCGGAAGAACAAAACCAGGCCUGAUAAAGAUGACCAAGUUUUGAGCAUCCAGUUCAGCUGGAAGGGCUCAGUGAAGCCAGUCGGAAGCACCUUUAUUUGUGUCAGCCCGGAGUUUGAAUUUGCCCUUUACACAGUCAUUUUCCUGCUAUCUGAAGAAAGAGUCACAUGUGAAACAGUGAAGAUAGAUGAGUACGAGCUACAGGUGGUUGUCUGGCGCCAUGGGCACCACAUUGGAAUAGCAUAUCCAGUACUGCUCAGCACCACUAGUGAAGAUUAGUGAAGUGAGCAGGAAACUUCUUUUUUUAAAUUGAGGGAAAAGAGGAGUGGUGAAGAGAGGAGGAAUGGAUGGGGGGUGGACAGGACCAGACAGCAAAGUUAAUAUGUUGUAUUAUACAACUCAUUUCAAAUAAAAAUUGAUGACUGUC